AUGUAUUUCACCAUUCUGGUGAUUGCAUCAGGAAGUAUUCCGAAAGGAUACGACGAAGGAGGGUUUAGUGCCUCUGUUGGAUUGAAGUCAUUCAAGAAUGAUUAUGGGCUGGUACCCUCGCUCUGGAAAAACGACCCAUCAGGCCUCGCAGACCGCAAAGCCAACAUAUCAUCGUUUGGCGUUCUUGGUGCGGCGUUCGGCUCCUUAAUCGCCCUUGCUCUCACCGACAGACUGGGUCGAUUACGAUGCUGGCAACUGUUUGUUGUACUAUGGGCUAGCGUAUCUUUCAUGCAGGUCUUUUCGUCUGGUAUUGUUGGCUUCAUGCUAUUUGCCAGGAUUUGGGGAGGGUUGGGGUCCGGAGGACUUACCGUCGUUGCACCCCUGUAUCUCUCCGAGAUUGCUCCUGCAAAGACCAGAGGAAUUAUUGUCAGCAUGUAUAUGGUGCUGCUUCUCACAUUCUGUCGAUUGGUAGGCUUCUUCAUUAAUUAUGCUGUGAACGGCACUAUGCCCGUCGGUGCUGCUCAAUAUCGCCUUGUCCAGGCUAUACCGCUCAUUCCUGUUGGAAUUGCUUUCAUAUACCGUGGCCAGGAGGCUCUUGCGGUUCUUGAACGUCUUCGCCACUCUGAUAAAAGCGACCCUGCUUUGUCCCUGGAAUAUGAAGAAAUCCAGCAGCAAAUACAGCUGAGACAGCAAAACCUUGCUGGAGUCCCAAUAUGGACAAUUUUCAAAGAGGUUGCUACGAUAUCGACUUAUCGCAAACGUUUCUUACUGGGCGCUGCUAUGCAAACUGUUGCACAGCGUAGUUGGAACCAAUACCUCUCUAAUCACUCGGGGGCAUACGGCAUUGUGAAGCUUGUGUUUACAAUGGUGUUUACCUGGGGUCUUGUCGAUGUAUUUGGACGCCGCCGAUGCAUGCUUACUGGCCUCGGACUUCAAUGCAUUACCCACAUCUACAUGUCAAUAUACAUGUCCAUCUUCGCGGACUCCGGCAACAAGUCAGCAUCCGAUGCAGCCAUCGCCUCGGUAUUCAUCUACGCUGUUGGAUGGUCAAUCGGUCUCUGCACAGUGCAGUACCUCUAUGGCACGGAAAUAUACCCCACGCGCAUUCGCAGCGUGUGCUAUGCAACAAACAUGGCCCUGCACUGGUUCUUCCAAUUUGCCGUGGUGCGCGUAACGCCAAAUAUGUUCGUGAGCCUUGAUGUUUGGGGCGCGUAUAUUUUCUGGGCGAUAGUCUGCGCUGUUGGAUUCGUCCUGCUUGGUAUUUGGGCCCCUGAAACAAAGGGGAUUCCAAUGGAAAGAAUGGAGGAGCUGUUUGACGGCCCCUGGUGGAUGGGCUGGCGUGCUAAGGUCGAUUUGUCAGAGGUCGGCGUGGAGAACCAUGCAAGAAAUGAAAAGGAGAAGCUUGCCAAUAGAGAUAGAGAAGUUUUGGUAAAAGGGCUUAUUCAUGGCGAAGAUUCGAACCCAGGAAUCUACAAAGCCGGUGGCGUGGGAGCCGAUGUCCAGACAGUCUCCCUUGGACACUCACUCCAGACUCCCAAAGACCCCGAGCAUCUACCUCCCAAAAACUUCUGGCAGGCGUUUGGCGAUCAACUCAGAGUCAUACCUAAAUUCUUUGGAUCUGACCCCUCCAAGUUUGGCGCGCGGGUGACCAUUGCGUCGAUGAGUAUCGCGAUGAUGGCUUCUUAG